GUUUGACUACAAACAUAAAACAUAAAUAAACAUAAAAUGAGAUUUCUCAUUGCUUUAGAUGGUUCAGCUGGUGCUCAUAAAGCUUUUAUUAGAGCAGUUUCAUUAUAUAAAGAUACAGACACUAUUGUAGCAGUAGUUGUAAUGGAUAUGAUGCAUUUUGUUAUGAGCAAUCAAAAAUCCGAUAUGACCUUAAUUUCAAAUAUGAAGGAAGAAAUGUUAAAAAAUGGUCAAGAGUUAAUUAAAAAAUACGAAGAUUUAGCUAAAAACGAUUAUUGUAUCGAAAAUUUUGAAGGUAUUUGUGUCGAAGGUAAUCCAAGAGAUGUUAUUGUAAAAACAGUCGAGGAUAAAAGUAUUGAUAUUUUAUGUCUUGGCCGUGUUGGUUUAUUAAAUACUGAAAAUAUAACAAUGGGAUCAACAUCAAACUAUUGUAUUAGAAAUUGUAAAUGUGAUGUUUUAGUUUGCAGAUAAUAAAAAUAAUAAUAAUAAUAAUAGCCACAAAAAAAAAAACAAUUAAAAUAAAAUGUAUUUUUCAAAUAAAAUUUAUGAUUUUUUUUUCAAUCAACAAUUUUUUAGUUAUC